AUGAUCCACGUCCCCAGGAACCGCGUGGACCGCUACGGUGUUCCUGUGCAGCAAGUCACACGGGACAUUGAGAGAGAUACUCUUCUUGCCGCACUGAAGCAUGUCGCAAACUAUGUCGUGCAGCGUGGCCAGACCAUCACAGUCGUGGCAGUGGGCGGCGCUGUCAAUACUCUGCACCUCCAAUCUCGACGUGCCACCCACGAUGUGGACAUAUUCGGUGCCGACUUUAGCAAUAAUGCCCGUGUUCUGUUGGACGAGGCCAUGCAUGAUGCGCAAAGACACUACCGAGGUCUUGGGACGGACUGGCUCAACACGGAAACACAGAUGUGGAUGCCGGGACCAAUCCAUCAACAGCUGACCACGGCAGCCGUGAAGCAAAACAUCAAAGUUUUUGACAUGGCUGGCCUGACGAUCUAUGCGGCCCCAUGGUCGUAUGCCUUUUCCGCCAAAAUCAGCCGCCUACUCGCUGGCGGAGACCAGGCUCGCCCGUAUGAUCUGGACGAUGCCGUGACCUACAUCCACGAGUACAUCCGCAGUCAUGGAAACCAGCCAGUCAAGGUGUCAACGGCAACUGACUGGGCUCGGCAUUUUCGCCAUGAGAGCACGCCUGAAUUUCUGCGGACGCGGGUUAACCAGGCCUAUCGCCGACAGUACGGACGCGACGCGUUCGUUUAG